ACUUCAUAAGCAGUACUGUGUUCAUCAAACUCUCUCUUGCCAGUCUGUUGUUGAGGGCUCCUACUGAAGUGAGCUGGCGAUUUGGCUGGGGAGGAGAUUUUAUCAGGACUCUCUUCUUUCUUUUCUGUUUAUUUUUUUCUUUUGUUUUGUUGUUUUGGUCCCUCAUUAGAUUUUUCUUUUAUUUAAUUAUAUUUGCAAAAGUUACUAUUUUUGUCACUUUAGUUAUCUGCUGCUAGGUUUUUUUAGCACUGUACUGAAAAAUACUCAGGUGACACCUGUUAAGUUGUAGUAAGAUGUUUCUACCUAGUUUUUUCACUAUCAUACCUUUUUUAAAAUUCUGUUGCUCCUAGCCUAGUACUGUCUGACAUAAUGUAUGACAAAUUGUUUUCACAUAUGCUAUUUGAUCUUUCAACUAAGUUUUCUAUGGAAUUGAUUUGUGCAGUAACCUGUAAAAACUGUUAUGUACUUUAUUUUAUUUUAUUUUUUGUGGGGGGUCUGUCAGCUGUAACUUCAAGCAUUUCUAUUCAACAUGUUUCAAGGAGUUAAUUAGUCUAGCCCAUUUCCUCAAUGUCUUUUCCAAUAGUUUGGUUUUAAAGUAAUUUCUAUUAAUCUAUUUUGCUUCUCUAAGCUCUUGUAUUUUUAAUUUUUUUCUUUUGCUAUCUAAAUUUCACAACAAACUAUGUUUGAAUAUGUAAAAAGUUAGUUUUAGAAGUUUUCUUAAAAUUGUGUGUGCAUGUGAGUGAGGGAGUGUGUGUGUGUGAGUGAGUGAGUGUGUGUGCCUGUAUGUAUGUAUGUAUAUAAAAUCUUCCAAAAUUCUUUAUAUUCCUUGUUUUUUUUUGGAAACUUUUUGUUUAUAUAGUUUAAAUAUCUGAUGCUUUGGAGUCUGAUAUCUUUUUGUGAGUGUUCCUGCAUGCAUAGUUGGAGAUAAUUUUCAUUUCUAGUGGUGGGUGCUUUGUACUUUGGUAUUUUACAUAUAACAUUUACAAUGGCUUCGAAAUGUCGAAGAAUUUUAGCAUUAAAAGAAAAAGAAGAGAGCAGUUUUCAUCAAUCAAGGAGCAGAGCUAAGAACCGGAAAAUUUACUCACAUCGGUCUUUAUCCCUGUCAUCACGGAUUGGUCGGCCGGAUUAUGGAACUAUCCAUGAAGAGGAGGAAGAACUGCCACAAAGUACUCUGAUAGGGAAACGGAGCCGUAGCUUGGCCUCUUUAGUACGAUAUAGUUCACGCAAAUCUGUUCACAAUUUGGUAAAAAUGUUUGAAACAAUGACAGAAGGCCGCAAAACACAGGUUAUUUUGCUGGAUGAAAACAGGCUUGAUAUCACCAUACAGCCAAAACUUUACACCAAAGAUCUACUUGAUCUUGUGGCCUCGCAUCUAAACUUAAAAGAAAAGGAAUAUUUUGGUCUAUACUACUUGGAUGAAAAAGGGAACACUUUUUGGCUUCAUCUCGACAAGAAAGUAUUGGACCAUGAUUUUUCUCGACGUUCUCUCUUACUUUUGUAUCUAGGCAUUAAAUUCUAUGUGGAAUCUAUAGCACAUCUUCGCGACAAGCCUGCAAUAGAACUGUUUUAUUUGAAUGCCAAGCAAGCAAUAUAUAAGGGCCUUCUUGAGUGUAAUAGUGAAACAGUAUUUGAACUUGCAGCUUAUGUAUUGCAAAUAACUUAUGGAAAUUUUACAACGGUGGAAAAUGCUCGCGAAGAUUUGAAAAAGUUAUAUGUUGUCCCAACCCGAACGUUACAAGAACAUCCUUCUCUAGGUUACUGUGAAGAGCGUGUUUUAUUCCAUUAUCAGAAGAUCGAAGGCACUUCAAGAGGUCUUUCUAUUGUUAAUUACAUGACAAUAUGUGAAAGUCUGCCUACAUAUGGUAUUCACUAUUAUGAAGUAAAAGAUAAAAAAGACAUUCCAUGGUGGCUUGGCAUUAGCCAUAAAGGUAUCUCGGUUUAUGAUAAAACAGAUAAACAGACCCCUCGAAAGAUAUUCCACUGGAAGCAGUUAGAGAAUCUUUAUUAUCGAGAGAAGAAAUUUUCUGUGGAGGUUCAUGACCCUAAACGUAUCAUCCAUACGCUGAGCAGUUUCAACCUGUAUGAAGAUGCCCUUCUGGAGCCAAUUGAUGAGUUUGAUGCCUUAUCCGAUGCCAUUUCAGACCCCACUACCCAGAGAAAUUCCUUGAUUUCACAAGUGCAAGUUUCAGUCAGCCGACGGACGUUUGGCCCUGGAAAUGUUAAUGUCCAUGCAUGGUUUUCAAGCUCGCCCCAUCUAACGAAAUGCAUUUGGUCAAUGGCUGUAGAUCAACAUCGGUUUUGCUUAGAUCGAAGAGACAAUAAAUCUUAUCUUCAAACUGCUCGCAGCAUGAGUGAGAUUGUGGCGGAACUGUCACAGAGCUCAACAUCUCUGUCAGGAUCUGGUGCAUCGGAUUUAAGUCGCAGUACCAGCUCUCAUAGUCUGCCCAGCCUCUUCUCGACUUCCCGGUAUGACGUUAAUAUUGAUCCUGUAAAGGUGAAGAAGGAAAUGUACCAAGCCUUAAAGGAUCGACGAGAUGCUCUCAUUGAAACACUUAAAAAGAAAAAUGAAGAGUUUAAGCAGCUAUGUAUUCAAGAGGGGGAACUUAUUGGUCAUCUUCCAAAAGACACACCGAUGGCACCUGGUGAACAGCCUCCUACGAUCCGGCGGCGAGUUCGGACAGCCUUUAGUCUCUCCUCAAAACUUGUACCAAAAGAUGGUGAUAAUAUGGAGAAUGAGUUGUCAUGUCUUGAACUUGAAUAUGAGCUGCAAAGUAAGAUCACCAGUGCAGCUAAUAAGCUGGCACACGAUCCAUCAGUCAGCAAACAGGUGCGAAAGCAAAGAAAACAAUCCUACCAGAAGGCUGAAACUAAGUUAAAAGAAAUGGAGAAGAAGCUGAAUGAAAUGAGAAAGAAAGCUGGUCAUUCCACUUUAAAAGUUAGUCCUGUAUACCAAGACCCAAGUGAGGACAGUCUUGGACCUACUACUGAUAGUGAACCUGAGAUGAUAUCACCAGUUCCAUCUCCUGUUCCUCAUUCUAAAAGAGACUGUUCUCAUGUGUCUUUCACAAAUAAUAUGGACAAUCCUGAAAUAAUUCCUGAUGAAGAAAUGACCUCUUGUCUUCCUCCUGACUCACCAUCAUCUCAUUUAAGUCCCUCACACAGCAGCCCUCAGCUCACAGGUGGCUAUACACCUAGCUCAGUUUAUUCCACUGGUACUCAAUAUCGUAAUCAACGCUAUCCUACAUUUAGCAAUCGCCUUGGACAAUCUGGCCGAGAAGAUAUAAUUGAUUGUAGUAAGUUCGAUGGCAGUCAUGACAGCGGUUUCAGUUCUGCUAACAACAUGACUCAGGUAGCACCUGGGCAACGGCCUCCCCAGUGUGAAAAUGGAGAAGUGAAAACCCCAACCAAUAUUCACCCUUAUGAAUAUGUUCAAGCAGAAUUUCAGAGGCAAAUGACUCUUACACCAAAUAUUGAAGAGAACUACUGCAGUCCUGACAAUUCACUGAUAUCACAGAGACCAAGAGGACCAGUUCCUAAACCAGGCAGUAUUUUGCCUCAGUUGUUUUCUUCAAAGUAUGGUAGCAGAAGAGAAUCAGAUAGCGAUUACAUUGAGGAAAUUCCUGAAGGUUCUUUGGACAUUCACAAUAAUUCAGUGGCUUCUGAGCCAGUGUACAGUCACCUUGAUACACAUGCUGAGCAUCGGUGGGAAGAUACGCAAAUGGCAGAGCCAUCUCCAAUAAUCCGCAGUCCACAAAAGUCAUAUGACGAUCUUGAUAAUCGACCAAACACUCCAAGUACAGAACAUUCCUAUAGUCCCCGUGUAUAUGAAUACCAAUCUCCCCCAGCACAAGAAGUGCAGGUCAUACAUAUCACUGGGAAUACAGGACCUGUUGAUAAACCUGAAGUGGACCCAGUUAUCGUAACUCCUCCCCCAAACAGCCGACUGGUAACCACAAUAACAAAAAUUAAACCCCAGAUUGAAGUUUCUAAACCUUUUGAAACUUCAGAUUUCUUUAAGUACAGUGAGAAACUACGGCGGGCUCGUAUGCUGGACAGCUACCAACGGCAAUUGAUGGGUGUCACUUACCAAACAGAGCCUUCUAUUGACUCUUUCUAUAACAGAUCUUGCACACCCGAGCACUCGAAUCCUUCGUCUCCGGCCUUUUUUCCACGCAUGAUGCAACCAACACCUUCUUCACCCUUUGUUAGUCAACAUCAUUCCCUACAACAACAAUCUACUCCUUCACAUUUUCCUAGUUAUUGGAGAGACUUUGAACCGCAUUCUGGCAACUCUUCUCCUGUGAGCAUGUUUGCUAGCAAGAGAGGAGAUAUAAAUACUUCACAGACUACAUCAUCUUUCCACCAACAACAACAACAACAACAACAACAACAGCAGAGCAACAGCAGCAGCAGCAGCAGCAGUAGCAGCAGCACAUAUGUGCAAUAUUCUUCACAAUCUGUCUCCAGAACUGUAUUCCGGUCUCAUCAAAUCCAGACAACACGACACGCUCACUACAAACCUCCACAGCCGAUGACCUGUGAGCCUGUGGUGGUGCCUGACCUCCAGUCUCCGAGCUCACACACACCAGUCAACCAAACUAACAUGACCAAUGUCUCCAGUAAUGCAUCAAUGCCUUCAAGCUCCAGUGAAAGUACAAUUAAAUCACGUGACAAUAGCUUCACACUCAAUGCAGGUGAAUCUUUAGCUGAGGCUUUCAGUGAGGAGAUGCUUGCAUGGUAUGAAGAUCAGGAAUCCUCAAAGAAGCAUCCAACCCUUGUUUGAAUUUUUUCAUAAACUAUUAUAACAAGGUUUAACUGGAAAACAGGACACACAACACGUGUGUGAAAAGGCUGUCGAUUUCCAAGAUAAGAAUUGAAUGUUUGAACCAACUAAAAUAAGAACAAUCCAUACAAAUUAAGUGUGGAAUCAACUGAUCUUUGAAUCCAGAACAGAACAGAACUGAAUAAUAUAUUGUUUGUCUGAGAAAAUAUAAGGCAUAUUAUUCCAUGAACAUUGCCAACAAGUAGAAACAAUAUAACUAAAACAUAUUGUUCUGUAAUAGGGCAUCUUAGUAGAUCUGCAAAGGUAAAUUAUUUAUUUUCAAAUACAACAUUCAAGUUUGUAUCUCUCAAAUACUGCAAACAUACACUAUCAUAGGUUGGAUGGAAAUAAACUCUUAAAAUUUGGGGGAAAAUUAGAUUUGAAGUCACAAGAUAUUUCCAGCAACAGAAUUGAGAAAUAACAGCCAUCACUAAUGUUUGUGUACAUGAGCGUGUGUGAGGAGGGAAGGUUUUUUUUUUAAAAAAGAAAUCCCUGGAUCUACUUCAAUUGUAGGAUCUGUGGUAUUUUAUAUUGGGAGCGUUCUAGUUCCCUAAUCAUGUGAAAUUAGUUUAUACAACUGAUCAUCUGGUCUUAUUCCAUCCACAAACCAACUCUGUGCUUCCUCUACUUACAAGUGGUAGAAAAUGCAUACUUCUGGGUGUCCAAUACUCCAAGGGUAAUUCAAUUUGUGUGCCACAACCAUAGUUAUACUGGGGGAAAAGAUAUUUUAUAAGCUGUACAAUUGCUAAGGACAGUUUUAAAUCUACAUUUCUAACGGGUAAUCAACUAGCCAUUGCUGGGGGCAGAAAAAAAAAAUCAUUUUAAUCCCUUCCUCCUAAUACCAGUGUUAGUCUGCAAAGCACACCUUUAAUAAUUUUAUAAAUUAUGUCUAUCUUUCAAUUGAUUUUGAAAAUAAUGACUUAGUAAAGAACUUACAAUCCACAAAAUUAAUAGCAAUGCUAACUCUAAAACUAGUGCUUGGUUAACAAAGACUAUCACCAGUGAAUUCCAAAUAAUCCAGACUUUGUAGCUUUUGAUAAGUUCACCUUACCCAUAACUGCUGCAACCACACAACACAGGUGACAUGAUCUGACCACUUGGCAAAAUGUACAGUGGGAUUCCCAGAGUGUUUGACAUGUUGGCUACCUUUGUGCCAAAGGCUUGCUUGUACUGAGCUGAUUAUGACUGGUGCCGUAAAAGAUAAAUCAAAUUGUGUUUCUGUCAUACUGUAAAGCCUGAGAAAUUCCAGGCUAAAUUACAGAUUUAAAUUUCAAUUCUAGAUAAUCAAUUGUAAAAUUUCAUUUUCCUUACGUCUAUUAAUUGUUAUUAAAUGUCUAUCCUGUUUAUUCUUGGAGCAAGGAGAACUUCUGUGAAUGUAAAUAGAACCACAACUGUUGAGUGUUAUUAAAACAGGACUUUUCCUACUGUUAAAACUAGUUAAAACACUUUAUAUUUAACGAAAUAUUAUACCUUCGUGCAAUUCUCAUAACAUUUCUUCAAUAAAAUGGUUUUUAAAAUUG